AGUGUACGUAACAUGGUGUGCACUAGUCCAAACACCUUCAACAAAUUAGCUUUUUUGCUUUGCCAACUUCCAUAUGUAAUUUCACAACAUCUAGUGUUGAGACAGUGCUCUUGUUUGGACAGUACAAAUCAUUCAUUGUACAGCAGGGCGCCUUUGUUAACAAGCUGGGUGUAGCUCACAUUUUUGUUUAAUUCUUCUGGGCAUCUCUCUAACAAACAAGUAUUCUUUAGGGCUCAACUCAAUAAUCAAUACAGUUUUGUUAGUUUACAGAGCAGAUAAUUACUUUAUGGGAUGACUUUACAAGGUCAGGGAGAUGUUCUUAUAUAGUCUGGAGAAUGAAGGCAGAGAAACAGCUCUACGGAACUCAACAGCAACAGAUUUUCGAGUAACAGACUACACAACCUUUCCCACCAUGAAGACAACAAGAGCUGCGGCCCUUCUUGGGCUACUGUUUCUCAGCUGUUUUUCUGAUAUUGUUUCUGGUCAACGAUGGGCCUCCUGCGGCGUGUACCGCAUGUCGGAUAGGAGCAAUCUCGCCUGUCCCAGGGACUUCCAGCCGGUCUGUGGCACCGAUAACGUGACGUACCCCAAUGAGUGCUCGCUCUGCAGAGAAAUCUUUCGUAACAGAGUGAUUGACAAAAAGCAUGACGGAAGAUGCAUGAAGGUCGAUUGCACCGGCUACAUGAGAGCAACGGGCGGUCGCGAGUCUGUCUGCACCCGGCAAUACAACCCGCUGUGUGCCACCAACGGGGUUACCUACAGCAACAAGUGCAGCUUCUGCACGGCGGUGGCGAAUGGACAGGACAUCGACCUGCUCAUGCCUGGAAAAUGCCCCGAGCUCCGUUACCCACAGAUCGACUGCAGUGGAUUCAAGAGCACCGAUGUCUACUGCACCUCUGAGUACAUGCCCCUCUGCGGCUCUGACGGCAAAACGUAUGGAAACAAAUGCCACUUCUGCAUUGCAGUUCUGAAGAGCCGGGGAUCCCUGACCCUCAAGCACCGUGGUAAAUGCUGAGUGCUGGCACGUAACCUUCACCCUUCCCGUUCUCUUACAAAGUCCACAACUCCAAUGUGCUCUUCCCUGCUCCAUGUUGUACAUUGGUUUCUUCUCUGAUCCAUUAAUAAAUCAAAACCAGCCACCCUCUUUGCCAUG